CUGAACAUACCCAUUGUGCGAUUAGUUUAUUUCGGGAAAGACGUAGUUGUCUAAAAUUUCCGUGGUUAAGUUUCCAAAUUGCAAGUGGAUUUUGUUCGAUUUAAUUUCUCUCGUUGGGAGUCGAUUGCGUGCUGGAAGUGGGAAGGCCAAAGUAGUGCUCCACAGAGUAGUGCCAAGUUCUUUUUUCUCGUUCGCUGAGCGGAUGUGUUGUGAAACAGUGACCAGCGGAAAUUUGUGAAUUUUGCUCGGUGAAGGCCAAAUUGGUUAGUUGAAGCGUCGGUGGUUACUUUCGAACUGCAUAGAAGCAAUAUCGGAAAGGAUUUCCCCCUGACAAACCCAGUAAUUAUUGUGUUAUUCAAGGCAGCAGCAGCAGAUACCGUAUACCGACUCAUCGCUGCUGUUCAAGCUCAGCUCGGCGACAACAGCGUGACUGAGUGAAGAAUCGCGAACCAAGGCGAGGCAGCGAGGAGGAGCAGGAACGCCCGAUCCAGAGAAACAUGUCUUCGCAGCCGUCCAGUUCAGCAGUUCGGGCUUUAUCGUUGGAGUACAAAAGCCUCCAGGAAGAACCGGUCGAGGGUUUCCGAGUCAAAUUGCUGAAUGAGGACAAUUUGUUCGAGUGGGAGGUUGCAAUCUUCGGUCCACCAGACACCCUAUACCAAGGCGGAUAUUUCAAGGCUCACAUGAAAUUUCCCCCCGAUUAUCCGUAUUCUCCUCCAUCAAUACGUUUUUUGACAAAAGUAUGGCAUCCGAAUGUAUAUGAGAAUGGUGACCUCUGCAUCUCCAUCCUACAUCCGCCGGUCGAUGAUCCACAAAGCGGCGAACUACCUUGUGAAAGGUGGAACCCCACUCAAAACGUUAGAACCAUCCUGCUCUCCGUGAUCUCACUGCUCAACGAGCCAAACACCUUCUCUCCAGCUAAUGUAGAUGCCUCGGUCAUGUACCGGAGAUGGCGGGACUCACAGGGCAAAGACAAUGAGUAUCCCAAUAUAAUUAGGAAACAAGCCCAAGCCGCUAAGGCUGAGGCAGAAAAAGAAGGUAUCAUCGUACCUACCACAUUAGAAGAAUAUUGUAUCAAAUCCAAAACGAAACCUAGCAGUCAAGAACCCCAGCUCGAUAUGACUGACUUCUAUGACGACGAUUACGAUCUGGACACCGAGGACGACGAUCAAGACUCGGUCGAAUCAUUUGCCGACGGCGAUGACAGCGGUAACGGUGAGUCAUAACAGACCAGCUAAGCCCUUUAGCGUGUAGCAUUGGUUCAGUUUAAUUUACUAUAUAUAUUUGUAAUUGCUUUAAAUUGAUCCGAGAAGACAAACUGAAGGUAAACUGAAAAAUCAUGGAAUAGUUGAUUGAAUGCAAAUCGCUCGCUUAGACCGUUUUUAUCAGAAAAAAAGAUUCGAUUUUAUCAUUUCUGUGUUUAUACAUACAUUGGAUAAAUUGAUUAAAGUUUUGUAAGCGUCGAUUUAAGUCGACUGACAAUUUGACAUGAAUAAACGCAUUCGUAGAGCUCUAUGUUUAUUGAAUGCAUCACAAUAACCGAAAAAAAAACUAUGACUUAAAAUCGAUUUAGUUUACGUUUUGUCCCAAAUUUACGUUUCACUUGCAGCAUACAUUACUUUUUUGUACAUAAUCAAAAUUUAAAAUUGUUAGUGAAAGAGAAUGUGAAACUAGAACGAAACUAAAACGAUAAAACUCAACUUGUCGCAAUGCUUUGCAAUUGGAUGUCAGUAUCCAAAAAUAUCUUCUGCAACAUACAGAUUUACCCUAUAGUAUCCUAUACUAAUGAGCCGAGGAUUUUUGGAAUAUCAAAACAAAACAAAAUAGCCAUAAUCGAAACGAUUAUGGAGUUUAGAAUUGGGUCGAUUGAUUACAAGCGACAGAAGCUUAUCAUUGGAAAAUGUGUAAAACACACGAUUGCUUACGUUUUCGAAGAAACGUUUUUUAUCGUGGGUUUCAGCAAUACAUUCUCUAUACCACAACCCUGUCAAACAGUUCAUGUUGAGUGGAUUGAUCUAAAUAGCAGUACACCUAAGCCAAAUGAAUAAAAAAUGGGACUGUUUCCCAGAAAUGCGCAACUCGACUCAUACAGUUUUUGUAUAAUAAAUGUUUAUGCCAUUCUGUGCAUCAUUUCUUCCAUGUCAACGCAUCAAACAUAGUUUUCGUUCACUUGUAAAAUGCAGCGAAUUUUCGAAGCAAUAUAAAUAGUGGUGUAAUAUUGAAAAGUUAAACUGUAAAACAUAAAAAAAAGUUAUAGGAAAAAAAAAACAAAAUACAAGCAGCCCAAUUUAUCUCGAUCUUUUUUUCUCAUAGUGAGUAGUAUUAAAUAAAAUGCAUCGCGCGUACAGCAUCAUUAAAUGAAGAAACAAAAAAAAACAUGUUCAAGCGGUACUUUAAUUUAAUUUAAUUUUUAUUUUUUGUUUUUGUAAACAGUUAGAUUAGAUUUAUUGAUUUUACAUAACCAGAAAUACAAGAAAUUAUUUUAUUUUUACAUA